AUGAUGAUGCAACGAAGGGCGGUGAGCAGCGCCGCGAGCCGGACGAUUUUGGCCCGGCCCGUGGUGGGCCACGCUGGCGCUCUUCCGCUUUUGUCGCAGCAGCGUAGAGGAUACGCUAAGCCCGGAGGCAGGGGCGGUGCCGUUGAGCGACCCAAGAAAGAAUACAAGGGCGAUCAGUACAUUGACGAGAUGCUGGUGGCCUACGGCCUGCAGGUGCCCACGUGGGACGACAUCCCCGAGUGGGUGUGGAAGGCUGAAGUGGGCACGCACUCGUACUGUCUACCUUCGCUUACCAAACUGUUGGGCGCAGAUUUGAAGAAGCCAAAGGAGCUGACGCCUCUCGACGGCCCGCUGUUCUGGAAGAAGAUCAACAGGGAGCGCAUCAAGCAGUUCAACGAGGACCGCACCUGGGGUGUUGUCAAGGGCAAGUGGAAGCUUGGCGAGUAA